AUGCAACGUUUCGACACGAUCAGUCUACCGGGCCGACGGAAAAUCAGCCAUUCUCGAAGUCCUAACGGGACCCUCUCAAGGAACACGUUCUCUAAAAAUAGUGGUCGGUAUCACUUACAAAAAUCGAAUACGGCUGUAAAUAUCGAACAAAUGAGCAUGCACGACCUUGACGAUAAGCGACAUCGACGACGGAAAUUACGAACAACGGCGUCUGAAAGCCCUGCCAGAGAAUUCAAAGGUGGCAUUCCUGUCCGAGCACAUCAUGAUGAUGGCGCUACGGAGUCGAAGGUCUACUCAGCGUCUUCGUUCCAUGAAAUUCCUCAUGAAAGGCGGUAUGUGAAUACGAAGUAA